GCUCCGUCCUCCCGGCCUGGCGCGGCCCACAGCUGCCGCUGCUCCACCCUGGUUAAAGUGUGAUUUGGGGGAGGGAGGGCCUGGCACCGCCGGUGGGGCCCGUCCAGCUUGGAGGUCUGGAGGAGCAUGUGGCUGCAGAGGACGCCGGUCAGGGAGACCCGGGCCCAGACCCUGUUCCUGUGGUUCCUGGGGACCUGGGGCUCUGAACCCGAGAGCUGGGUGGAGCUGGGCAUCCUGCCAGAGGCCAGUGCCUGGGUGAGGGAGGCUGUGUCCACACCUGCCUGGGCCUGCACAUGGGGCGGGGCGAGGGAGGGGCCUGGAGUACUUGCCAGCCCCACCCAAGCUCUCCCCAUCCCCCAGAACCCCCCAGGAAAGGCCCUGCUGGAGGAGGUCAUGGCUGCCGCAGCCCUCACCAGCCUGUCCACCAGCCCCCUCCUGCCAGGGGUCCCCGCUGCAGCCUUCAGUCCAGGGCCCGGCGUGGAGCCCUGGAUGGAGGCCCUGGUGCGGACAGCGGGCGGCCGCGGAGCCUGGGACUGGGACCCGGCCAGGGAGCAGCCCUCCCCUGCCACCCCGACACCCCCGCUGCCCACUGAGGCAGCCCGCUUCCUGCUUGGGGAGCCUGCCCUGGGGAAGAGGAAGGUGGAGCCCGAGCAGGGUGUUGGCGAGGACUGAUACCUCAUGGAGCCGGCCAU